UCUUCUCUCACGAUAGUUUUCCUCCCCGCCUUCUCUUUCCUUGCAGCUUCUUCCCAUUUUCAUCUUCUUCUUGCUCUCUUCUCUCUCUAGAUUAAACCCUAACUCAACUUUUUUAAAUGAAAAAAUGGAUAUACAGAGAGUUUUUUAUAUAGUUUGUAUUGCUCUGUUGUCUACUUCGAGGUUGGGGUCAGCUGGAGACAUAGUUCACCAAGACGACGUCGCUCCCAAAAAGCCCGGCUGCGAGAACAACUUUGUUCUGGUAAAAGUCCCUACUUGGGUUGAUCAUAUAGAAGACAAGGAGUACGUUGGUGUUGGUGCUCGUUUUGGACCUACCUUGGAAUCAAAGGAGAAGCAUGCCAACCAAACUAGACUUGCUCUGGCAGAUCCUCCUGAUUGCUGUAGCAAACCCAAAAAUAAGCUUACAGGGGAGGUCAUUCUUGUCCACCGAGGUAACUGUAGCUUCACUAGAAAGGCAAAUAUUGCUGAAGAGGCUGGUGCUUCAGCAAUCCUCAUAAUAAACUAUCGUACAGAACUUUUUAAGAUGGUGUGCGAGGGGAAUGAAACUGAUUUAGAAAUAGGCAUACCUGCUGUUAUGCUUCCUCAAGAUGCCGGUGCCAGCUUGGAAAAGUAUAUUAUGAACGGCUCCGUAGUUAUGUUGGCACUAUAUUCACCAAAACGUCCAGUAGUUGAUGUGGCUGAGGUGUUUCUGUGGCUCAUGGCAGUCGGUACCAUUUUAUGUGCUUCUUAUUGGUCUGCAUGGACAGCCAGAGAAGCAGCCAUUGAGCAAGACAAGCUGUUAAAGGAUGCCUCUGAAGAAUAUCUACCUGCAGAAGGCACUCAUUCUGGUGGUAUUGUGGAUAUCAACAUGACAUCAGCGAUCCUAUUUGUUGUGGUUGCUUCCUGUUUCUUAGUCAUGCUGUACAAACUCAUGUCAAGGUGGUUUAUUGAAGUUCUGGUGGUCUUAUUCUGUAUUGGAGGAGUAGAGGGAUUGCAAACUUGUUUGGUGGCUUUGCUGUCAUGUUUCAGAUGCUUCCAGAAUGCUGCAGAAUCAUUUGUGAAAGUACCCUUCUUUGGAGCUGUCUCCUAUCUGACAUUGGCUGUUUGUCCCUUCUGCAUAGCAUUUUCUGUUAUCUGGGCAGUGUUUCGUCAGAUCUCUUUUGCUUGGAUAGGUCAAGAUAUCCUUGGCAUUUCGCUGAUAAUCACAGUUCUUCAGAUUGUUCGUGUGCCAAAUCUCAAGGUUGGGACGGUUCUCCUCAGUUGUGCCUUCUUGUAUGACAUCUUCUGGGUAUUUGUUUCUAAAUGGUGGUUCCAUGAGAGUGUGAUGAUAGUGGUAGCUCGUGGUGACAGAAGUGGUGAAGAUGGAAUUCCAAUGCUACUGAAGAUCCCACGGAUGUUUGAUCCCUGGGGUGGCUACAGUAUCAUAGGGUUUGGUGACAUUAUCUUACCAGGACUGCUUGUGGCAUUUUCAUUGAGGUAUGAUUGGCUGGCAAAGAAAAGUCUUCGAGCAGGAUACUUUGUGUGGGCAAUGACUGCCUAUGGUCUAGGUCUCCUCAUAACGUAUGUGGCCCUCAACAUGAUGGAUGGGCAUGGUCAACCGGCUUUGCUGUACAUUGUUCCAUUUACCCUUGGGACCUUUUUGACUCUGGGAAAGAAGAGAGGAGACCUCCGAAUUUUGUGGACAAGAGGAGAACCAGAGAGACCCUGCCCACAUUUGGAGCUUCAAUCUCCGCAAUGAAUAUACAUAUAACCCAUGGAUGAAAACCUCACUGUAAUAUUAUGACUAUCUAAAAUCUUUUAGUGGUCGAUAAACUCAGAAAGUUCGAAUUGUAAAAGAGCAUCUAAUAGUAACCCACUUUCUUCAUGACAGUUUUUAGAUAUUGACAAAAAGAAGUUUGUUAAAAUCACUGAACCGCAAUGCAUUAUGCUUCUGACC